AUGUCACUUAUUUGUUCUCUUUCAAAUGAAGUUCCAGAACAUCCAGUUCUUUCACCUGCAUCUGGUUGUAUUUAUGAAAAACGUUUAAUUAUUAAAUAUCUUCAUGAAUCUCCAACAGAUCCAAUUAAUGGACAACCAUUAACAGAAGAACAAUUGAUUGAUGUUAAAGUUACACCAUUAAGUAAACCAAAGCCACCAUCAGCUACAAGUAUUCCAGCUAUACUUAAAAUGUUACAAGAUGAAUGGGAUGCUUGUAUGUUACAUAGUUUUACACUUCGUCAACAAUUACAAACAGCACGACAAGAACUUUCACAUGUAAUGUAUCAACAUGAUGCUGCUUGUCGUGUUAUUGCACGUUUAAAUAAAGAAGUAACAGCUGCUCGUGAAGCUUUAGCUACACUUAAACCACAAGCUGGUAUUUCACAAACAAUACCAAUGCAUCCACAUGAACAAUCGACACAAAUUUCACAACAUGCAGCAGCUAGUAUUAGUGGUGAUAGUACUCAAAUAUCAGCAUCAACAGCUGAAGGAAUGACGGAUGAAAUCAUUCAAAAAUUACAAGAUAAAGCAUCUGUAUUAACACAAUUACGUAAACAACGUGGUAAACGUGUACCAGAAGGUUUAACAAGCAUUGAUGAUAUGAGAAAUUUUCGUUGUUCAGCAACACAUACUGCCUUACAUAGUGCUAGUAAUCCAGGUAUUCUAGCUCUUGAUAUAUCACCAAAAAAUUCCAGUAUUAUACUUACUGGUGGUAAUGAUCGUCAAGCUGUUGUAUUUAAUAAAGAUAGUGAACAAGUUAUUGCAACACUAAAAGGUCAUCAAAAAAAAGUUACACAUGUUAUUCAUCAUUUUGAUGAAGAUAUUGCAAUAACAGGAAGUUCUGAUUCAAGUAUUCGUGUUUGGCAUAUUCCAUCAGCACAAUGUCUUAAAAUUCUUAAAGCACAUGAUAAUGCAAUAACAGGUCUUUCAUUACAUCCAACUGGUGAUUAUGUUUUAUCAAGUGCAAAUGAUACUUAUUGGGCUUUAUCAGAUUUACGUACUGGAAAAUUAAUAACUAAAGUUCAAGAUACAACUUCACAAAGAGGAUUAACAUGUGCACAAUUUCAUCCUGAUGGUAUUAUAUUUGGUAUUGGUACACAAGAAAGUUUAAUUAAAAUUUGGGAUUUAAAAGAAUGUAAUAAUGUUGCUGAUUUUCCUGGUCAUACCGGAAGUAUUAAUGCAAUUGCAUUUUCUGAAAAUGGUUAUUAUUUGGCAACUGCAGCUCAAGAUGCAUCAAUUAAAUUAUGGGAUUUACGUAAAUUAAAAAAUUUUAAAACUAUUACACUUGAUGAUCGUUAUGAAGUAUGUGAUCUUGUUUUUGAUCAAAGUGGAAUGUAUCUUGGUGUAGCUGGUACUGAUAUUCGAGUAUAUCAAGCAAAACAAUGGGAUUUACUUAACGUAUUUAAGGAUCAUACAGCUUUAGCAACUGGUGUUCGAUUUGGUUCAAAUGCAAAUUAUAUAGCAAGUUCAAGCAUGGAUCGUUCACUUAAAUUCUAUCAACAAUUAUCCCAAGAAUAA